AUGGCUCAGGCAACUGUGUGUUCACGGUGGGACCAUUCGGUCGGUCUGGAUGACCUUGGUCUAUCCCAGGAAGGUGAUGUGGUGAUCGGGGCUGUCUUCCCUAUCCAUAACCUCCCCCCUGCUCCAGACCUGAGCUUCAGCCAACACCCUAACCUGCAGUCCUGUGUCAAUUUCCAGGAGGAACCGUUGAGAUGGGUGCACGCACUGGUGUUUGCAGUGGAUGAGAUUAACCGUAACCCUUUCCUGCUGCCGGGAGUCCGGCUGGGCUACCGUGUCCUGGACAGCUGUGCGUGGCCAUUAAGCGACUCCCACAUUCCUCUGGUCAUUGGUGAUGCAUCGUCCACUCAGGCCAUCAUCCUGGCCAGGACCCUGGGGCCCCUCUCUGUGCCUGUGAUCAGUUACCAGGCCAGCUGUGGCUGUCUCAGUGACAGACAGGAGUUCCCUAACUUCUUCAGGACCAUCCCCAGUGAUGUCUACCAAGCCCUCACCAUGGCCCGGCUCACCAGGCUCUUGGGAUGGACCUGGGUCGGGGCUAUCGCUGCAGACAACGACUACGGUCGUCAGGCCAUACAGGUGUUUGAGGCGGCGGUUCGGGGGACGGGGGUGUGCCUGGCGUUCUUUGAGACCCUCAACCGGGCGAACCUGGUGAGGGAUGUGAAGCGAGCAGCAGACACGGUCCAGAACUCGACAGCGCGGGUGAUCCUGGUCUUCCUCUGGUACACUGACACGGGGGCGUUACUCCUGGAGCUGGGGAGGAGAAACGUGACGGACAGGCAGUUUCUGGCCAGUGAGGCAUGGAGCACCAGCGGACAACUGCUGCGAAACCCCGCCCUCUUUAACGUCUCUCGGGGCGUAUUGGGUGUGGCUAUCCGUAGUGCACCUAUGCCUGGCUUUGAAGCCCACCUUCGAAGUCUCCACCCCUCUCGUCGCCCCGGAGACGUCCUGUUGAAGGAACUCUGGGAAACGGAGUUUGGGUGUAGCCCUGGAGCAGCACAUGAACACGACACGUCUCUGCUCCCCUCUCCCCUUCCUCCAACCCCCUCGGAGUCACCACCACAUCCCCCUCCCCCCACCUCCAGUUCCCCCCGCAUACGCCUGGCCUCCUGCAGUGGGGCAGAGACUCUGGAGAUGGUGCAGAGCCCUUUCACAGACACCUCUCAGCUGAGAAUAACCUAUAAUGUGUAUCUGGCUGUGUAUGCUGCAGCCCACGCCCUCCACAGCCUGCUGUCCUGCCCCCAGAGAGACAGCCCUUCCUGGGGUAACAGCUUCACCUGCUCCCCUCCUCACAACAUCAGCCCAGCAGAGCUGUUGCAGCACCUGAACCAGGUUAACUUCACCACUCCACUUGGGGAGCCGUUUUACUUCCGGGGCGCGGACGUCCCUGCUGUCUACGACCUUGUGAACUGGCAGGCCACGCCCCAGGGGUUGCUCAAACUUGUCACGAUUGGCCGAGUAGAAGGGUCCAAUAUCCUCAUCGACCAAUCAGCCAUCCAGUGGAACGCAGGAUCUAAUAUGGUGCCUGUGUCAGUGUGCAGUGACAGCUGUCCCCCAGGCACCCGUGUAGCCAGGAGGAAGGGGGAGCCUGUCUGCUGCUUCGACUGCAUCUCCUGUGCUGAGGGAGAGGUCAGCAACACCACAGGCUCUCUACAAUGUGACCGCUGUCCUCUGGAGUUUUGGUCCAACGGCAAUCGGACGGCCUGCAUCCCUCGUCAGCUCGAGUUCCUCUCCUUCAACGACACCAUGGGCGUCACUCUGACCACGGUUGCCGUGUGCGGCGCUGUGGCAACGGUGGCUGUGUUUAUGCUCUUUGUGUACCACCGCCACACCCCUCUGGUGCGGGCCAACAACUCAGAGCUGAGUUUCCUGCUUCUCCUGUCACUCAAGCUCUGCUUCCUGUGUUCGUUGGUGUUCAUUGGGCGUCCCUCGGUGUGGGCGUGUCAGAUCCGCCAGGCGGCGUUUGGGGUCAUCUUUGUGCUCUGUCUCUCCUGCCUCCUUGUCAAGACCAUCGUGGUUCUGGCUGCGUUCCGCUCAGCCAGGCCCGGUGCUGGGCAGCUGAUGAGGUGGUUUGGACCCGUGCAGCAGAGAGGGAGUGUCUUCCUCUUUACCAGUGUUCAGGUGAUCAUCUGCGCCGUGUGGUUGUCGAUAAGUCCUCCCCUGCCUUACCGUGACCUAGGCCUCAAGGGGUCUAAGGUCAUCCUGGAAUGUGAGGUGGGCUCUGUGGCCGGCUUCUCUCUGGUGCUGGGCUACAUAGGCUUGCUGGCCUCUCUCUGUCUCCUCUUAGCCUUCCUGGCCAGGAAACUCCCUGACAACUUCAACGAGGCCAAGUUCAUCACCUUCAGCAUGCUGAUCUUCUGUGCUGUAUGGAUCUCCUUCGUCCCUGCCUACGUCAGCUCUCCUGGGAAGUACACUGUAGCUGUGGAAAUAUUCGCCAUCUUAGCAUCCAGCUUUGGGCUGCUGUUCUGUCUGUUUGCUCCAAAGUGUUUCAUCAUCCUCCUGAGACCAGAGAGAAACACCAAGAAACACAUGAUGGACAAAUAGAAACCACCAAGAAACACAUGAUGGACAAAUAGAAACCACCAAGAAACACAUGAUGUCCAAUUAGAAACCACCAAGAAACACAUGAUGUCCAAUUAGAAACCACCAAGAAACACAUGAUGUCCAAUUAGAAACCACCAAGAAACACAUGAUGUCCAAUUAGAAACCACCAAGAAACACAUGAUGGACAAUUAGAAACCACCAAGAAACACAUGAUGUCCAAUUAGAAACCACCAAGUAACACAUGAUGUCCAAUUAGAAACCAACAAGAAACACAUUUAUAUAAUUAAACAAUCAGGACCGAGAGGGUAUGGCCAAUAUUCCACGGUUAAGGGCUGUUCUUACGCACAACACAACGUGGAGUGCCUGGACACAGCCAUUAGCCUUUAUAUAUUAGCCAUAUGACACAAACCCCCGAGGUGCCUUAUUGCUAUUAUAAUUACCAAUGUAAUUAGAGCAGUAAAAAUACAUGUUUUGUCAUACCCGUGGUAUACGGUCUGAUAUACCACGGCUUUCGGCCAAUCAGCAUUCAGGGCUCGAACCAAACAGUUUAUAAUAUAGUAUAGUCUUCAAUGUGUUUAGUUAAUCACAUGUACUGUAUGGUAAAACAGAACAAAUAAAGACAUUGUAUAAAACCCACUAGCACAAACUUUUCAGACAAAACCUAAACAAGUUGAUGGACACAAACUUUCACAAACCAUCAUCGAUAGACUCUAAUGAAUUCCAUUUCUCACCUGAAAGCCAGUUCUGAAAACACCCACCAAGCCAUUUAAAUGAGGGUACGUUAAUAAAAAUGUUAAUUCCUUUCACAUUUUAUGAAGUGUGUAAUUCUUUUCCCGUUUGAGACUGUUUUUAAUUUACAUAAAUCUUUGCUAAGGUUCUAUAAAAACACAUUCAAGCAGCUCCUUUGAAGUCAGAAUGUUUCAUUUAAUAAAAAAAAAUUGACUUUGAUUAAUAAUUCAUUCAUGGAUGAAUGAAUACGGAAGCAGAACCCUUUAGAGGGAGCAGGAAUGUUAUGCUGUUUCAUUCUUUAAUUAAUUGAUUGAUUUAAAAAAAAAAAAUGUAUGCAGAAAUCCACU